CACCUUUUUUCAGGCUUCAUCCUGUUAGCCUCUGACGGUCUAGCAGGUGAACAGACGCUAGAUGAAGCCCUGCUGCCUCCUCUUAGUCUCCAUCUAGUCUCCCAACCUUGCUUCGACCAAGAAGGGGUCAACUCUCCCGUUGCCGAGCCCAACUGGAGGCUUGAACCAGCUGGAAUGUCGUUGACUGAGGUUUGUGAGGAGUGUUAUUCAGCCUAUUUGGCUCGACGAGACGCCUUCUCCAACGCUCGGAUACGUGUGCGACUUGUCACAAGUCGGGAUGCGGCCUUUGGCCAGGCAUCGCCUUCCAUUACCACUCCUCCAGUGCCAGCCAGUCAGAAAUGUCAACCACUUGAGUCCUGCUCUUUAACUCAACCAACACCAGAAGAUGAACUUGGAUCGGCUGGCCAGCUUGGUUUAGACGAACAGACUUCCAAUCAGGAAGUACAAAUUUCUCCCGUAAUCUCAACUGUGAGUAUCUCAUUUUCUCUGUGA